AUGUCGGCAGCUGUAGAUACAAUUAAUGCCACUACCCUGUCAGGAUCAAAAGAGAUGAGUUUAGAGGAGCCAAAGAUGACCAGAGAAGACUGGAGGAAAAAGAAGGAGCUAGAAGAACAGAGAAAACUGGGCAAUGCCCCUGCAGAAGUUGACGAAGAGGGGAAAGAUAUCAACCCUCAUAUUCCUCAGUACAUUUUUUCGGUUCCAUGGUACACUGAUCCAUCGAAGAGACCCACUUUAAAGCAUCAGAGACCACAGCCAGAGAAACAGAAGCAGUUCAGUUCCUCUGGGGAAUGGUACAAGAGAGGUGUAAAGGGGAAUUCUAUAACUACCAAUUACCGAAAAGGGGCAUAUGAAAAUUGCGGGGCCAUGACACAGAAGAAGAAAGAUUGCUUUGAGAGGCCACGUCGGGUUGGAGCUAAAUUGACAGGCACUAACAUCGCUCCGGAUGAGCACAUCCAGCCUCAGCUGAUGUUUGACUAUGACGGGAAGAGAGACCGGUGGAACGGCUACAAUCCAGAAAAGCACAUGAAAAUCGUUGAGGAAUACGCCAAAGUUGACCUGGCAACACGAGCAUUGAAAGCUCAGAAACUGCAAGAAGAGUUAGCCUCUGGAAAAUUAGUGGGACAAGCUAAUUCUCCAAAACAUCAGUGGGGAGAAGAGGAACCCAAUUCUCAGAUGGAAAAGGAUCAUAACAGUGAGGAUGAAGACGAAGAUGAGUACACGGAUGACAUUGACAUGCCCGGGGAAAAUUUCGACUCUAAGAGACGCAUUACUGUUCGAAAUCUCAGGAUUCGCGAAGAUAUUGCAAAAUAUUUGAGAAACUUAGAUCCAAAUUCUGCCUAUUACGAUCCAAAAACUAGAGCAAUGAGAGAGAAUCCUUACGCCGAUGCGGGAAAGAAUCCAGGUGAAGUGAGUUACACUGGAGAUAACUUUGUUAGAUACACAGGAGAUACCAUUUCAAUGACUCAAACACAGUUGUUUGCUUGGGAAGCCUACGACAAGGGAUCUGAAGCGCAUCUCCAGGCCGAUCCUACAAAACUAGAGCUGCUGUAUAAGUCCUUCAAAGUCAAAAAAGAAGACUUCAAGGAGCAGCAGAAAGAAAGCAUCCUGGAAAAGUAUGGUGGCCAAGAACAUUUGGGUGCCCCUCCAGCUGAGCAGCUGCUGGCCCAGACAGAAGACUAUGUGGAGUACUCCAGACAUGGAACAGUCAUUAAAGGCCAGGAGCGGGCUGUCGCCUGCUCCAAGUAUGAGGAGGACGUGAAGAUCCAUAACCACACGCACUUUUGGGGAUCUUACUGGAAAGAAGGCCCAUGGGGAUAUAAAUGUUGUCACUCAUUUUUCAAGUAUUCCUGUUGCACUGGAGAAGCUGGGAAGGAGAGUGUUAAUUCGGAGGAGUGUAUUCUAAAUGAUGCAACUGGAGAAGAAUCUGUGAAGAAACCUCAGACCCUCAUGGAUCUGCAUCAGGAAAAACUAAAAGGAGAGAAGAAGAAAAAGAAACACCGGAAGAACAGUUCCUACAGCAACAAUGAGGACAGAAAGCACGAGAAACUGAAAAAGGCACUGAAUGCAGAGGAGGCCCGCCUUCUUCAUGUCAAGGAGAUCAUGCAGAUUGAUGAGCGGAAGCGGCCUUACAACAGCAUCUAUGAGCCCACUGAAGAGGAAAUGGAGGCCUACAGAAUGAAACGGCAGAGGCCAGACGACCCCGUGGCCUCUUUCCUGGGACAGUAG